AACCGCUGUAUUUAAACUUUAAUGUGAAACUGAUGCCAUUUAUAGUUACAUAAGCUGUUUUCAUUACAAAAUAUGUUUCUAUAAAUUGACUCUGCAUCCUAUAAUGUGGUAUGUAAGGACUAUAAAGAGUGAAAAGUUUGAUUUCUUACCACUUAAGUAUGGCUGACAUGAACAAACAGGAUUUUGAUCAGAAGCUGUAGGUCAAUCCUUCUUCAAGCCAAAAUGUUAAAUUAAAUGCAGUCUACUGGCUCUUCCAUUUUCUCUUCCUUCUCACCUGCCUUUAAGAUCUUAGAAGAAAAGAAACUGAACGUCAGUAUUUAGUGGCUUACAUAAUAUAACUUUUAACUACAUGUAAAGUAAUUACAACAACAUAUAGUCUGUCUGAUGGAGGAUCAAUUGGACAGCAAGCUUUUGUCUUAGUAAAAUGAAAUCUGUUUCUCAUGAAUCUUGCAGGCCAGGUGUAAGGUUUUAAAAAAAUGAGUGCUUUAGCUGCUUUCAGGUAUACCAAUUCCUUUUACUAAAUUGAGCUGUAUUUCAAGUCCUUUGGAAUCUUCAGUGAAAAAAAGCUUUCUAAUUUCCAGAUAUAUUGUGUCAUUAAAAUGAAUACAAAUUUCCUUGAAGGUCCUUUAGAAAACAUGUAUUGGUUUAUGCCUUCAUGGAGGGGCUGGCCAUGUGUGUGUCUUGAAGAAGACAUAAUCCACAAACAGUUUACCUCCGUAGGCCUGAGUUACAGAGUGGUAGAAUAAAAUACUAAGUUAAUUAAAGGGUGAGGUUCUUCCACCCCAUUAAUGCUGUGUAUCUGUCUUUCAUUUGUUAACAUUAUUUGCUCAUCUUAUCAACUGAUGCUUUGAACAGUAUCGGAAACUAAGGAUAAACUUUCUCCUUGUAUCUGUAAGCAUGCUUCUCCUGAAAUUUAGCGACAGUACAAAUUGGCCUCAUUAUUCAUCAAUCCUAGUACCAGGGUAGGAUAAAGUGGAAAUGGAAUGGCUGGAACUAUGGUGAAGCAUUAUUUGGUAUAUCAUGUUGGGCUCCUAAUUUGUACGAAGUUUGACCACAAAUCAAGCCCCAUCCAGAAUUUAUUGUACUGUGCUGAUGAUAUCUGAACCUAGUGAAUGGUAUGAUUGGGUGUUUUCCAUUGACAGUGGUUGGAUCUCUUUAUAAGGGUGGUUGCUGCAAAUUCCAGUUCUUCCAAAAUCCAUUUUAUUUAGGGUUUAUCCAUAAAUUGUAUUGUUUGUUAAAGCUUUUGUUUCCUAAAUGUUUACAAACCACCUUAUGCCAAAUGUCUUGCAAAUAAUAUUCCUUUAAGAUUUCCUUGAAUUUUUACAAAUGUAAAAAAGAAAAUAAAUGUAUUAAUAUAACUUGUUCAGGAGAAGCUACAUACUGAAGAGCUUCUGUAUAUAAAUUCUGGCAAAGAAAAGUAUUUGUAAUCUAUACACUGCAAUUCCAUCUGGGUUUUAAGUUUAGAUUUCAGCAUGUCUUAGUGUUUCAGUCUAUUGAUUUAUUGGAACAUGUAACAAAUAGGAGCAGUGACGUAUAAAAACGCAAGUAUUAGUUAAUGUUUUGUAUCUUCAUAAAAAUUCCAUGGUUAAGAAGCUAUAUUUUAGCAAUCAGGAUGUUAAAGAGAUCAGAGCAGUGAAAAUUUAUAAAGAUUGUUUGGAAGUGUGUACAGAAAUAGACUAGAUUUAGAGGUAGGAUAGAUCAGAAAGUGAACAUAAAGCUGCAGAAAUUUUAUAAGAUUUAAAUUCAGUAUGAGGAAUAACUCUAGUUCUCUCUUAUGAGCCUUUUCUGAGAGCCAUCUGAGUUGACAUUCUUAUUGGAGCUGUAGGUGGAAUUGUGCAAAGACAAAAGUAAAAAAUUAAGUUUUUAUUUUACUGUAUCAGGAAGUGGAAACAAACUGGUGUGAAAGGUGCUCAUGUGUAUUGGUGAACUAGACGUGCAGAUAACUGACAGACAAGGCAGUAUUUUGUGUGUUUACCUCAGUUCCUCAGGUUAGGUCAUUUGAAAAUUAUAAAUGUUCUAAGUAAGAUCUUUAAGGCAAGGAACAAAUAACAUGGAAUUCUGUUUUGAAGGACAAGAGAGUAUACGCAGAAAAGCAGUCCCACUAGGGCUUUUCAUCUGUGUCAAAUUUGAACCUAUAAACCCCCACAGAGCACGGGCAGUUGGUACCAGUGGGAAGGAAACAGUUAUUGCUUGAUGAUUACUUCAUUUUGUACCCACCUUUGGUUUGUGUAGGUCAUAUUCCAACUGGCUUUUUAGUAGUAGAUACCCAGCAUAUACUGUAUCAAAUACAUUUGAGGUUCUAAUCUAGUCUGUUAAUCUAACUGAAGUUGGAUUUUUAAAAUAAUAAAAAGUUAAAUGUACUUUCCUUGGAUGCUUUAUUUCUUUCCUUUUUGAAACAAGUGCACCAGGCAUAAGGAAUAACCCAUUACUGGCAUGCAUUUGAAGGGAUUACUGAAAGCCUUCCACAGUUAAACAGGAGUCCACCAACUUUUGCUGUAACGUGCAGAUAGGAAAUCUUUGAGGCUUUGAGAGCCAGAUGGCAGCUACUCUACCAUUGUAGCACAAAAGCCAGAGUAGAUAGUACAGAAACCAGUGAGCAUGGCUGUUUUCCAAACUGACAACAACAAAACAGCCAAUGGGCUACAGCCAGCUGACCCCCGAGAUGAAGGAUUCAAAAUUUAAGAUUUGAUUUUUCCCCCAACUUACUUUGAAAAAAAAAAUAUACAGAAUGCUGAAAGAACGUUACAAUGAAUAAGGUUCGUCUUUACAAAAUUAUUUUUCUCUUUUAUUUUCAUUCUUUUGACUUCUGUGUACAAGCUGAUUCCUACACUCAAACCCCACUACCCCCAUGCCUGUCGUUCUGAUUGAUCAUACAUUGUCUAGUCAAAGCGGUGCCACCUGUGUUCCCUCACAACCCUUCUGUGAAGCUGACAGGGUAGACCACUACAUAUUCUAGAGAAGAAGCUAGAGCAGCCAAAGAGUAUAUUUUAGGCUGGAAGUAAUCAAGAUUAGAUUAGGGUCCUCUUGACCACUGUCACUGUGAAAUGGGGAUGCCACCUCUCCAGCCUGCGGAGCAGAUAAUAAAGACCACAUUCUAUACGAAUGUGAGGGCUUGUCUCUACUGCACUAUCUCAAAAUCAGUACUUAAUUUCUCCAGGUCUAUUGGUACUUCUGUUUUUCGUCUCCAGCUUUAACUAGUUAUUUAAAUCCUUGUCAACCUUCUCAGUUCAGUUUUUCCCCUGAUUUUAUUAGCUGCCUCACUUAAUACCUAUACUUGACAAUUCCUGUUGGGCAGAUAGUUUGGGUUAGUACAAAUUUGGAUUACUUUUGAUCUCUAAAGAACAAUUUUUAUGUGGUUGGAAAAUUGGGAGUCUAAAGGACUCUGUUAUACAGCCAGCUUCUGGAUUUCAAAGUGAGAACUAUUUUAUUAAACUGUUAAUCUACAGUUUAAUAUUAGAAAAAGGGGGAAUGUGCCUCCAGUGGGACAUGUGGAGUCAGUGGUAAUAUGGUCUACAAAUGUAUUUUAAGUCAUUUUAAAAACUCUGCAUGUUUAAGGUGAUACAAGUUUCGAAUUUACAAAGUGGAGGAGAUGGUUGUAGGGAGAAGUUGAUGUAAGUCAUUUUAACUGGCCAAUGUCGUGGUUAUUCUUAGUCUCAGUCUAAGCUACUAAGAUUAUGGGACUUAACCUUGAAGGUCACUGACAGGAGGGAGGGUCGAGAGAGUGAAAUAUGGAAGGUGAUUCCAGGUUGGAGUUGGUUAUAGGUCAGUCACGUAGGACAGACAUACGGAGGUAAGUGUCAUAAGUGUGGUAAGCUGUUACAAUAGGUGUUGGUGUGAGGAUGCAGGCUGUGUGGUUAUCAAGUUGUCUCCGGGGGAAACAUGGAGGUGUGGAGCAUCAAGGCUCUGUUAGGGUGAUUGCAAGGUGUUUAAUGCAACAAGAGUGGAGAGUGUACAGAGGUGGAAGGAGCCAAGGCUGGAAGUGUGAAAGGAAGGCCUCAUGGUGGGUGGUAACGUCUGGUGUGUCAGAGGAGCUCGGAUAAAGGUUUUGGAGAAGAGCUACAAUGAAUGGGUUUUGAACAGCUGAUAAAGAUUGUAACUUAAAUAUUGUUAAUCGCCUCUAGGGAACUCAGAGUGCCUUCUCAGUGGUAAUGUAAACAAAGGAAUGAGCCAGCAGAUGAGAGUGCCUGCUUUAUUCUAAAGGUUCUGCUCCCUACUUUGGAGGAGAUGACGAUGAUGUGUAGUGGCCUGGAAUGGCAGAAUGAGGAGAAAGUGGCCUGUGUGGAGCAGUUGAGAAUAAAACUUAGGGGUUGUGGAGGGGUAUGAGAGCUGCUGCAAGAGAACUGGGCUGCUCUGGGUAUAGGGAAAUAGGGGGAAUGAGUUGGGUGGAGGAUAGACAUCUGACUAAACGGGGAGAAGCUUGUAUCCACUUGGCAGGUUUUCCACAGGACCAUGAGCUAUGGGGGAGGAAACCCACAAAAAUUAUGAAUGAUUACGGAUGUAAUGAAACUACGCUGAGCAGCUUUAGAGCAUAAAGCCUUUUAUUCUAAAUCUACGUCUAGUUUUCCCAUGGGAUUUAAAUUUAAAAAUACAUAUUUUAAAAAUUGUGUGAAUCCACAGUGUUUAAUAUAUAUAAAAGUAGUAUGUGAAAUCAGGCACUAUAGAACCGAUAAAAAUUAUUAACCAUCCCUUUUCAGUUCUUCCUACCUAACGUCUCAAUACUGUGAUCCAAAUUUUUGUUGCUGUUUGUUGUUUGAGAGCCAAAGUAGCAGCAAAACAAGGCUUCUGACAUAAAACUGCAGACUGCUUAUUCAGGAGCACCACUGUCUUCAAAAUAUUUGGGCAGACUGUUGGUGAGAAGACGUGGCAGCUACUCACCACGUGGGGACUAGAGGCAAUAAAAGCUCACAAUCUCAGGGCUUGUACAGGAGGUCUCCUGUAAUGUCCUACUUUCCAGAGGAAUUCCCUGCUAAUGAGGAAGCCAGUUGGCUGUUUGCCUAGUGCCAUCUGGAGACCUGGAAGUGUCACAGAAGUUUGUUAGGCUUUUUAGAUACUGACUUUGUGGACUUGUCUACUGACAGGUGGUGACCUUCACUGGGUUCAGUGCAGGGAACUGUGGCGUUGGGUUUGACUCCUUCCAGCAUUCAGGCAGAAAUGCCAUUCAACCCCUUCCCACACCUAUUGCCUAUUUAAUGGCCACUUGGCCUCUUCCCUGCCAUUUGGUGGCAUCCAUUCCCCCCAGAUUCUUUCUCUCACUUAGGAGUUCCAAAUCAGAUCUUCUUGCCCAAUCUGGCUCCAUUCUGUAUGUGCCCAUUCGAUGAUGAAACAGGGUCAACUUGGAUUUCUUUCUAAGGGUGAAGACAAAAUACCCAAAAGCCACCUUCCAGCAGUUAAGUUUUAAACCUUUACUGGUUUGGAGGAGUUGUUAUCCUAGUUAAUAGAUGAGACAUUACCAUAAUGGAAGAAAUUAGAGUCUUGUAUGUAAAGCCCAGCUCUGGACUCGCUGUCAGCUAGUUCUUCAUUAGUGGCUGUGAAAUCAUGUGGAAACCCAAAAGGAAGUUUAGUUCAUUUUUUGCUUGCAGUUUAAAUGAAAAAAGAUUCUACUGGGUGUGAGGCUGAAAAAUCUCUACACAUUGGUGUGUUUUACUUGAUUAGGGCAAUUUUGCGUGCAUAAAAAGGUCUUUGAAAUGCCUCAUGGUAAUAGUACUUUUUACGUCUAUAAGCCAACAUGGCUCAGUUCUGACAAUUUUUACAUUUAAGGUACAACGUGGGAGUGGAUUUCAAAUAUCUCUUGAUUAUUCUCUUAAGUUAUUUGGACAUAUGUUUUUAAUUGGCAAAAAAUAACCAGACUUCAGAAAUUGGUCAUUUUUAUUCCAUCAAGUUACUGGUGAGUGGCUUAUUUAAUAAAAACAUGUCUGUAAUUUAACACAAAUAGCACGUACAGCUGUUCAUUUGUCAAUCUUUUUGCCUGUAUGAAGAUCUUACAGUUUUGCUAAAGGAUAGGGUCACCAAGAGGGGAAAUCUGUCAUUUAAAAUAAUUCUUCCCCUAAGGCAUCUGUAUCACCAACCGCUACAUUAGGUGAGGCGGGUGCUGCAGGAAGCGUCCUUCAUGGCAGGACGAGGGAUGUUGAGAAAGCUGAGAGAAUCGUAAUCUUUGAUUUUUUUCUGAGCGGAAAGCUAACCAGCGAGAAGAUAACUUAAUUCCUACAGAGAAACGAUUGUCCGAAAGCGGAGAGCCGAUUGGUAACGACGCGGACCGCUCACACCCGGCUCCUGGUCCAGAGCUCGGAGCCGCAACCCCUGCUGCCUGCCUUCGCCCACGUGUGCAUCAUGGAGUUGUAAAGUGAGUUUUGCCAAUAAAACAAGGCGGGAAGUCCAGCCUUGGUAUCAGGAGCAGCGUUCUCGGGGGCCAGAGGCCCAGGUGGCGCCCGGAAAAGGGCGCCCUCGGCUCGAUGGGAGCUCCGCGGGCCCCCAGUCCUUGCCUUCCCCAUCUUCACCUCGCUCCCCUUCCUCGAAGUUGCGGAGGUGCCGGGAAGAGGAGGGGCCUCGCCUCGGGCGUCUGAGUGAUUGGCUGCCCGGGGCCCCUGGCGAGGGCUGUGUAGUCCAGCCCGGGUGGAGAGGGGCGGAGCGGCCACUGCUCCAACCACCGCCACCACCGCCACAGUCGCAGCCGCCGCAGCCUCGGCCGCCGGGCAAGUAGCUGCGAGCGGCGGCUUCCUGGGCGCCCCGACGCGGACCGCGACGCCGCGCUCUGCUCGCUCCGCGCCCGAGCCAUGUCGGGCAGCCGCGCGUAAUUGCCGCGCAGCCGCCGAUCUGCCCGUGCUCACGGUCUCUGGCCCGAGCGGAGCUUUCCGUGCACGCAACUCCCUCGGUCUCCGUCGGUCCCUCGCAACCAUGCCCCUGGCGACUGCUCUCGGGGUCCCGGGGCCAUUGCUGCUGCCUCUCCUGCUGCUGCUGCUACCACCAAUGCCCCGCGACGCUGGGGGGCUCGCGGAGCUCUCGGACGCCGCCCCGGACUAUUCGGCGCUGGAAGGCGAGGAGGGCGCGGAGCAGCAGCUGGAGCAUUACCACGACCCGUGCAAAGCCGCUGUCUUUUGGGGAGACAUUGCCUUAGAUGAAGAGGACCUGAAGUUAUUUCACAUCGACAAAGCCAGAGACUGGAUCAAGCAGUCAGUAGAGGAAGGGGGGCAUAGCACAGGUGGGCUGGAGGAGCAGCCAUUUGAGAGCUGGGAGAAUGCAACAGCCACCAAUAUCAGCAGUGAGGAAGCGAGAAAGGAUGGUGAGGAGAACGCUAUGCUUCUGCUCAGCCCCAGGACCUUGGAUGCCAGAGCUGAGACCUUUUCUCCCCGUGUCCGAAGAGCCACAACCUCGAGGACAGAGAGAAUAUGGCCCGGAGGAGUCAUCCCCUAUGUCAUCGGAGGGAACUUCACUGGAAGCCAGAGGGCCAUUUUUAAGCAGGCCAUGAGACACUGGGAGAAGCACACCUGUGUGACUUUCAUAGAAAGGACCGAUGAAGAGAGCUUUAUUGUGUUCAGUUAUAGAACCUGUGGCUGUUGUUCCUAUGUUGGGCGCCGAGGAGGAGGCCCACAGGCCAUAUCCAUUGGGAAAAACUGUGACAAGUUUGGCAUUGUAGCGCAUGAGUUGGGCCAUGUGGUUGGGUUCUGGCAUGAACACACCCGGCCAGACAGAGACCAGCAUGUCACCAUCAUCAGAGAAAACAUCCAACCAGGUCAGGAGUAUAAUUUCUUAAAAAUGGAAGCUGGGGAAGUGAGCUCUCUGGGAGAGACGUACGACUUUGACAGCAUCAUGCACUACGCCCGGAACACCUUCUCAAGAGGAGUUUUCUUGGACACCAUCCUCCCCCGCCGAGACGACAAUGGCAUCAGGCCAACCAUUGGCCAGCGCGUACGGCUCAGUCAGGGAGACAUAGCUCAAGCCAGGAAGCUGUACAAGUGCCCAGCAUGUGGGGAGACCCUGCAGGACACAACAGGAAACUUUUCUGCACCUGGUUUCCCAAAUGGCUACCCUUCUUACUCCCACUGUGUCUGGAGGAUAUCGGUCACGCCAGGGGAAAAGAUUGUCCUCAACUUCACAUCCAUGGAUUUGUUUAAAAGCCGCCUGUGCUGGUACGACUAUGUGGAGGUCCGGGAUGGUUACUGGAGAAAAGCCCCCCUCUUGGGUAGGUUUUGCGGUGACCACGUCCCGGAGCCCCUCACCUCCACGGACAGCCGGCUCUGGGUGGAGUUCCGCAGCAGCAGCAGCAUCUUGGGCAAGGGCUUCUUCGCGGUGUACGAAGCUACGUGUGGGGGAGACAUUAACAAAGAUGCUGGUCAGAUUCAAUCUCCCAACUACCCAGAUGACUACAGACCUUCCAAGGAAUGUGUUUGGAGGAUUACGGUUUCAGAAGGGUUUCACGUGGGGCUUACCUUCCAAGCUUUUGAGAUAGAAAGGCAUGACAGCUGCGCUUACGACUACCUGGAAAUCCGCGAUGGCCCCACUGAAGAGAGCACCCUGAUUGGCCAUUUUUGUGGCUACGAGAAGCCAGAAGAUGUGAAAUCGAGCUCCAACAGAAUGUGGAUGAAGUUUGUGUCCGAUGGCUCUAUCAAUAAAGCGGGUUUUGCAGCCAAUUUUUUCAAGGAGGUAGAUGAGUGUUCCUGGCCGGAUCAUGGUGGGUGUGAGCAGCGCUGUGUGAACACUCUGGGCAGCUUCAAGUGCGCGUGUGAUCCUGGCUACGGCUAUGAGCUGGCCGCCGAUAAGAAGACGUGUGGAGUGGCCUGUGGCGGUUUUAUUACCAAGCUGAAUGGAACCAUCACCAGCCCUGGGUGGCCGAAGGAGUACCCCACGAACAAGCACUGCGUGUGGCAUGUGAUGGCCCCUGCUCAGUACCGGAUCUCCCUUCAGUUUGAAGUGUUUGAACUGGAAGGCAAUGAUGUCUGUAAGUACGACUUCGUGGAGGUACGCAGCGGCCUAUCCCCCGACGCCAGGCUGCACGGCAAGUUCUGCGGCUCUGAGAUGCCCGAGGUCAUCACCUCCCAGAGCAACAACAUGCGCGUGGAGUUCAAGUCGGACAACACGGUCUCCAAACGCGGCUUCAGAGCCCACUUCUUCUCAGACAAGGACGAGUGUGCCAAGGACAACGGCGGGUGCCAGCACGAGUGCGUCAACACGUCAGGGAGCUACCUGUGCCGGUGUAGGAACGGGUACCGGCUCCACGAGAAUGGGCACGACUGCAAGGAAGCUGGCUGUGUGCACAAGAUCAGCAGUGCAGAGGGUACCCUGGCGAGCCCCAACUGGCCCGACAAGUACCCCAGUCGGAGGGAGUGUACCUGGAACAUCUCUUCCACCGCGGGCCACCGGGUGAAACUCACGUUUAAUGAGUUUGAGAUCGAGCAGCACCAAGAAUGUGCCUAUGACCACCUGGAGCUGUACGACGGGCCCAACAGCCUGGCCCCCAGCCUCGGCCGCUUCUGCGGCAGCAAGAAACCGGACCCCGUGGUGGCUUCAGGCAGCAGCCUGUUUCUCAGGUUUUAUUCGGAUGCGUCUGUGCAGAGGAGAGGCUUCCAGGCAGUGCACAGCACAGAGUGCGGGGGCAGGCUGAAGGCUGAAGUGCAGACCAAAGAGCUGUAUUCCCACGCCCAGUUUGGGGACAACAACUACCCGAGCCAGGCCCGCUGUGACUGGGUGAUCGUGGCAGAGGACGGCUAUGGAGUCGAGUUGAUCUUCCGGACCUUUGAGGUGGAGGAGGAGGCCGACUGUGGCUACGACUACAUGGAGGCCUACGACGGCUACGACGGCACGGCGCCCAGGCUCGGCCGCUUCUGUGGCUCGGGGCCGUUGGAAGAGAUCUACUCUGCGGGAGAUUCCGUGAUGAUUCGGUUCCACACGGACGGCACCAUCAACAAGAAAGGCUUUCACGCCCGGUACACCAGCACCAAGUUCCAGGAUGCCCUGCACAUGAAGAAAUAACAUCGAUGUUCAUGAAACACAGGAACUCAGGAUGUGUUCUAUAACAAUAGCACCUUGUGAAUCUGCCCUAAACCAGUGUAGAGUUUUUUUUUCCUCAAACAAAAACUCAAAAUCUAGUCUUGGAGGUAUGUAUCUGGUGAAGUUCCGCCAAAAAGGAGGAGGGAAGAUGUUUCCUUGAUUCUGGCUACAAUGUUAUCCAUCCUGGACUUUGAGAGAAGAUGAAGGUUUUGAAGUCACUUACCACUCAAGCUAUGGCUGGUCACAUUCAUUCUCCUUGUCCGCUGCUCCCAUAGGGCAAAAAGCCAGCCCUUGGGUUGGUCACUCCUCUAUUUCUGCAUGUGCUUUGGUAGGUGCCCGGCAAUGUGAUUGUGUCCUGGAGACUCAGGCUGUCUUCUCUCCACAUUGAGCCAUGAGGAUAAAUUCUUGGCCAUGGCUGAUUUGUUACUCAUAGCUUUGGCUGGAGACUUUUGCUUUCUGUCUGCCAGGGACAUGUCAACCAGGAAACCUGAGAACACGGAUGUCAGGCCUGAAGAAGAACCCGCAGGAAGCAGUGUGCACAGGGAGCUGGAGUGAGCGUCAUUGUCACCACACUAGCAGACAUCAAGCCUUCCCUCUGUGUCAUUGGUCUCCUUGCCACUUUGGGUUUCCCCCAUGCCUACUUGCAUAGGAGGCUAGGGCAUCCACUGUGAAUUCCAACAACACAUCUGCUGAUGAGAGUCCCCGGUGUGCCGAGAAGAAAACAUCCUGGCUCCUCCUGAUACUCCUUUCCUGGCUGACUUUAGAAGACCCCACCCCCACCCCAUGCUUGGGAUUCCAUGGGCUUAGAAGACCAUUUCCUCUUCCAGCUUUGGAGGCAUUUUCUGUGGUUGACCUUGACUUCCAGACAACUGAUUCAAACUGCAUUUGCAACAUGUGCAAAGACAGCCUCUGAGGAACCAGCUCAGGACCCUCGUGGGGCGAACCCUGUUGAAGACUGGUUAAUUAUAAGUCAUGUAAGAAUCAUCAUCAGUGGGAUAAGUCAAUCUGUGACUAACUUCCUGUCGCCAGUCAGGUUAAAGAGUGCAUGGGUAACUUUGCUCAGGCUAACUGGUAGUCAAUCACCUACCUGCCACGAGAAUUCACCAUGCUAGAGAAGUGUAGAGGACGUUGUUUACAUAAUUCUAGAACCUCCCGGGGUACUUUAAACAGUGAGGUAGUUUUGAAUGGCAUUUCAUUAAGGCAUCUAUGGGCAUUAUGAGCUAAAAGCUGUGGUAUGUUAGCUUUAAAAGAGUAUUUAUGUUGGAAUAAUUUUUAAAUGAUGUUUACAUAACUAUAAGUCCUGUUGGGUUGGUAUUGAGCACAGGACAGCACACGAGAGUGUUUCCCGUGUGAGACCCGAGAUAGUUCCCAGGCACCAGAAUUCCUUUGGGAUGAAGCGACAUCAUUUUAAACAAAGCAUUUGUAAAAGCUUAAAAGUUAUAUUUUUUAAAGAUCAGAAUAUGCCCCCCAGAGGACUAUGUCUAAUUAAAAUGAUGGCUGGGGGGCGCCUGGGUGGCACAGCGGUUAAGCGUCUGCCUUUGGCUCAGGGCGUGAUCCCAGCGUUCUUGGAUCGAGCCCCACAUCAGGCUCCUCCUCUAUGAGCCUGCUUCUUCCUCUCCCACUCCCCCUGCUUGUGUUCCCUCUCUCGCUGGCUGUCUCUAUCUCUGUUGAAUAAAUAAAUAAAAUCUUUAAAAAAAUAAAAAAAUAAAAUGAUGGCUGGGAGUAAAACAAACGAAGGAUAAUACAAAGAAAUGUAGAAGAAAUGCAUGGAAAUAUUUUUUUCCUUAAAACAGAAAAAAAUUCAAAGUAUUAUUAUUAAUAAUAAUAUAUGUCUGUAUAUAUGUAUGUAUGUAAAGGACCAGCUGUCAGAGCCUUAAUCGAUGCAGUGUGACAGAUGCCGACCCGCUGACUGUAGUAGCUUUACUGAGCAGGCCUCCUGGAUCAGCCCUGCAUUUUAUGUGUGUCGUUCGCCAAGCCCUCUCUUGGCCCUGGAUGGAGAUUCGGCCUGCGUUCUCACAUCGAGACAAGUCCUAGGCCCUGCCCCGGGGGCCCUCGGACUCAGCAACGGGAGCCCCUUGGCUUGUGGUCCAACCUGCCUGCUAAGGUGGAUCCCAGCUCUCAGAUUUUUGUAUUUUCUGGGGUUUUACUUUGCCUCAUCAUAUCUGUCAACACUGAAGCUGAAACCAGAAUACAUAAGGAGACUAUUAGAGGUCUUUGUUCAACGACAGGAAAAUUCUGUUGUUUCGACCCCUUAGAAACCUGAAUAAAAUCAAUGAAAUCCAUGGAAAAGUGGGAGAGAGUCAGAAACAGAGUUGGCUCUGCCGCAGCUUUGGCCACCCCCGUGAAACAAUGGUACUUAUUUCUAUCUCUGUAGUAUGAGUAUUUUCAAAAACACCCAACUUGGCCAACUUGAAACAAUGGGACACUUAUGAAAACCUUUAUUUAGGCCUUCUGCGAGUGACAUACUCCCAGACAAGACAAGCCCUGAUUCAGCUGGGGCUGGCCAGACCGCUCCCCGGGAAGCUCGCUCAGGGAUUGAUGCCCUGGCUUGUGGAGAGAAAGUCCACUCGCAGGAAGACCCAGGCCCAUCGCCAAAGCUCCUCACAGGGGACCUUGCGCCAGCCUGCUUUGUCCUUUAAUUGGGUGCUACGCCUUGGGGAUGUCACAGAGCUCUAAGACUAGCUCUGGUUCACAGAAUUACCUCGAUGACCUGAUGAAGUACUCGGAGUCUGGGUCAUCCGCCUGGUCCAGUUCUAGUGUGAUCUGGUCUGGCAGAAGCUAGAGCCUGAAUCCCAGGUCAGGGUGAGGGUCUGGAACUAACUUUAGCCUGUGGAGUUUCUCCAAAUGGAGAAGACAAGGCUGUGCAUUGAUUCACUAUAAAACCAUUUUCCUCUAAGGUUAAAUUUCAUCUUACUCAUGAAACGCUCAGCCUGUUUAAAUCGUUUGUAAAACCCUAUUAACGAGCAAAUUCACUCUGGGAUUUGCCAUUGAUCUGGUCCAUUUGAUAAGUCUCAAAUAAUUCAUGGUAUUGUUGUCCAGUUUGUGAACAAAUGUUCCCUUGGCUUCAGCUCCCUUGUUUUUCAAGUUUCCUUGGUAUACCAAACUUCUGAAAAAUAAUCCCAAAUGCCUAAAGGUUUCUUUUUAAAAAAGAAAAGCUGUUUAGAGUGCUAUCUAUAAAUAUAUCAUACUUUUUAUUUUGUGUAAUUUUACAUUUCAUGAAAUGUUAGUCUCAAAGAGAAAGUGGAGAGGAGCUAACUCGUCUGUCUAGAAAGAAUUGUUUCAUUAAAGA